UACGUUUCUUCCCUCGAAUGUACAACCUUUCUCAAGGUCACAACUCGCCAGCAGCUCAGAUCUUUACUAAAGCACAAACCUGCUCAUUUGUCACUUACUAUCCAAUUCGACAUGGCAACGCGAUGGGGAAUCUGUGGUGCAGGGAAGAUCAGCCAUGACUUCAGCGUGGCCAUGAAGACUCUGCCUCCUGAAGAUCACCAGAUAGAAGUCAUUGCAUCGAGGAGCUUGGAACGUUCCAAAGAGUUUGCCAAGAAGCAUGGUAUUCCUAAGGCUUACGGCAGCUACGAGGAACUGGCCAAUGAUCCAGACAUUGACAUUGUGUACCUGGGAGUGCUGCAUACAGAGCACUGGAGAGUUGGUUUGCUGUUCCUAAAGGCUGGGAAGAAUGUGUUGUGUGAGAAACCUUUCGCAAUGAACUCCAGACAGGUGAAAGACCUGGUUACUGCAGCCAAGCAAAACAAUGUCUUCCUGAUGGAGGCCAUCUGGUCCCGCUGUUUCCCCGUGCACUCUGAGGUGCGCAGGCUUCUGGCAGAGGAGGCAGUAGGGGAGCUGAAGCUGGUAAAAGCCUACUUUGGCUCCCCUCAGCUCCACAUCCCUCGCUCGGUGGAGAAGGAGCUGGGUGGUGGCGCACUGCUGGAUAUUGGAGUAUACUGCCUGCAGUUUAUUCUGAUGGUGUUCAACGGAGAGAGGCCAGAGUCCAUCCAAGCCAUGGGGGUGCUGCUUGACUCAGGAGUGGAUGAGUCAGUGGUUGUGGUGAUGAAGUUCUCCAGGAACAGGAUGGCCUUCUGUGCCUUUUCAAUUGCUGCACGACUACCAAACGAUGCUGUCAUCGCUGGCACCAAGGGCUCCAUUAAGGUUCUUGGCCCCAUGCACUGUCCUACCACACUUGUGGUGAAUGACAAGGAAAUGAAGUACCCUCUGCCUGAACCUUGCCUCCCUCUGAAUUUCACCAACAGUACCGGGCUUUGCUAUGAGGCAGAGGAAGUGCGGCAGUGCCUGCUUAAAGGACUUAAAGAGAGCCCACGGAUGCCUCUGGCAGACUCUGUCUUACUGACAGAGAUCAUGGAUGAAAUCAGGAAACAGGUGGGAGUCGCCUUCAGCCAGGACAGCCAGUGACAUCACUCCAAAGCCUGGCUGUUUCACCUGACCUAAACCUACUCAGGUGGAACGGAAGGAGCUGCUCGGAGCAGGCUUUAGAUCUUUGGUAUAAGCAGAUCACUCAUGGCACUAUGUGACAGAGCCUGAGUGUCACUGAGGCAACUGUGACUCGGAUAACAGAGUGAGCUGCCACUGUAUUAAAGAUAGAAUCGACACGUUAUUGGAACAUAGAUACUUUUUAUUGCAUCGUAUAUACCCAUUACAGCCCCGCACACUGUCAUCAUGUAAGUCAACAUGUAAACACUUUGUAGGUCCUUACAGUACAUAACAGACAAAAAGAAGUGGUUUAAAUAAGAUAAAUCACAAUGUAAACAAACAGAGCAACCACGUUAUGUGUAACCAUCCUGUAAACAAGU